AUGGCGUCAGAUACAAGUGACACUGAAGAGUUUUAUGAUGCUCCCGAGGAUGUUAACUUUACUCCAUCUCCAAAAGUGUAAGCUAUUUGCAUUUUAUUCUUAUUUUUCUACUCUGAUCAAAAGUUGCUAAUGUCCCAUUUCCUGUACCUGAGUCUCAAGUACCUUUCCAACUUCAUAACAGCUACUCUUAGUUCUGCAUCAUGCAAAUUUGACAUACGGUGGACGGUGCAAAUAAAAGUCUGUUUUGUUGUGUAUUUAAACUGUAUACUGUAUGUGUGCGGCACUUAAAGUCACCAGCUGUUUAGUGUAAGUGCAGGGAGAGUCUUCCCGAAGUCACAUGACUGUAUUCCUGACAACAAGUCCACUCUGUGUGUGGCCAUAAUGAAAAACACUGUGGGCUAUAACAUCAAAUAUAAACGACCUGCUAUAGCAUUAUAAGCACUUAGACAGCCUAAUGCAUUCCUAUAAAACAGCUCCUAAGCCUCAUAAUCUUCAUUUAUGUUGACAUUAUUAGGCAGGUGACUAUUAGACUUGAUUUAUAAUUGAAGAGAAGUGGGUGGUGGUGCACUAUGAUGCGUCAUAUUGGAUGGUGUUCCUUGUAUUUUGUUCACUCUAUCAACAAACAUAGGGAACGUAUUUCAUUAUAAUGCACGCUAGGCACUGAUAACACAAACAACCUAGGGCUGGGCGAUAUAGGAAAAAAGUUUAUCACGAUAUAUAUGUUCUUUCAUAUCAGUCGAUAUCAAUAUAUAUCACAAAAUAAGAAAAUCACUUGUCAAUCUUAAUGUUCUGUUACUCUCUAAUGACAUUUAACAGUGCUUAUUGGUAGCAUGUCUUUUGCAAUACAGUAAGCUACUGCAUCUGUGAGGUCUUUGUGUCUCUUCGACGUUUUGUCAUAAGGCGUUGCGCUAGAGAAAGUGGACUGAAUGAUCGGUUGUUUUGGCUGCACAGACGCCAUGGGCUCCUCCGCUCAGGGUUUGUAACGUCUUGCAUUACGCGUUUUAGUGCUAUAGUUGCGUAUAGCUGCAGUCUGCUACUACACAGUUGUUUGCUACUUGGUUCUAAUUCAGCACGAUUCUCCCCUUUUCAUAGGCUAUUCAUAUAGUCUACCAAAACAUGGCAGAAUGUUGACUAUCCAAAAGCACACUGACCAUGUUUUAUAUUGAUAUUGAGGGAAAUUAAUUUUCGAUUGAUAUCCUUAUUGUUUCAUCGCCCAGCCCUAAAACAACCUCAACAAUACAUUUAAAGAACAACCAUCACCUGUCUGACCCUGUCAACAAACGUUAAAACAGAGAAGUGGAAGCUUUGUAAAAGCAGAAUUGGUAUUGAGUUGCCCUACACAGCCCAGCUGCUCAUGAGUUUAUUGAUGGCUGGUGUAUGUCACAGGGUGUCAUUGUAGAAGCUCAUGGUUUGGCAUGUGGGAACAAUGAUGAAAUCAAGAUAAACCCAUGAUGACAAGUACUGCCAAGAAAUGUUACCUGUUAAUGACAAAUUUAAGUUAACCACACCAGAUGGAACUGAUACUCUUCCUCUACGAUCGUCCUUAUUACAUGACAGUAAGCAUCUAGUAGGAAAUUGGGCAUGAUGAUAAAAUACUUUUCAUAUCAUUCCAUCCACAUGUAACUUGACUUUGCAGACACCUUUUUUUAAAUCAUGAAAUUAAUUUAAGAAUUUUAGAAAUUAGGCCUGUUUAGAUAUUAUUUAAUUUACAGAUAUUAAAUAUUGUCUUUUGAAUAAAUAUACUGUUCUUUUUCCAGGGUAUUAGAAAGUCAAAUUUGAAACAUAAGCCUUCUUGCACUCUUGAACUGUGACUGUGUGUUUUUCAGGUCACCCGCAAAGUUUGUCAUUCCUUCGCCUCAGGUAUGUUUACCUUAACCCAGCCUGUGCUGCAAAGAGGCACUCUCUGCCCUGCUACUAAUAUAAUCAUUAUUCAAGCUUCGUUGUUGUGUCCUUUUUGCUCUCAAAUGAAACUGCACUUUUAAGUAAACCAUUUCAAUUUUUAGUCUAAAUGAUUUCUGUCUGAUAGAUCACAUCUGAUUGUGAACUGUUGCAAUUUGAGUCAGUUUAGUGACAACAAGUAUUUUGUUUGGUACUUUGCCCUUUUGCCUGGUUAAACAAGACAGAGCUCUUUAGAGUUGGGCCUCUAUGAUUGUGGGUAUUUUAGCAGUUUCAGAAACCAACAGCAACAGGAUCUGAUACUAAGCAAAACUCAACACUGUUCCAACAUGACCUAUUUAACUUUCCGGGUGAGGGUUGCAGAGUUAAUGGUACUCUACAUGUAGCACAGGGUAACUUUGAUUACCUUUUAGUUAAGUUUUAGGUCCUCUGCUUGAAUCAUUGACAUAGCCUGUGUUACCAAUGUUAAAUAUUCAACCUUUUACCACUGGACCCGCCUACUAAAGCUGUUAUCUCAUGCUCCCUUCCUGACUGCGAGAAAAUGUAAAUGAUGUGAAUUCAAAUAAGUCAUCUGGUUUGGUUGCACUGCCUACCCUUUCGACACAGUCACAACUUAAAUGAGAGUUUGCAAAUAAGAACCACCUUAAAAGCUGGACUGAUAUUUACGUUCUCUCAGUGUUGAACCUCAAUCCCAGACCAGCAUGUUAAACCAGUAAAGUUUACAGAAAAUACAGAUUUUGCUCUAAAGAAGUAGUUCUCAAGUCCAGUCCUCAAGCCUACUGUCCUGCAUGUUCUGGAUGUUUCCCUGCUCCAACACACCUGAUUCAAAUGAUCAGCUUGUUAUUAAGCCAUUCCAGAGCUUGAUAACGAGCUGAUCAUUUGAAUCAGGUGUGUUGGAGCAGGGAAACAUCCAAAACAUGCACGACAGUAGGCCUCUGGACUGGACUUGAGAACCACUGGUCUAAAGGAAGUGUUUUUUCAAAGAUUAGUUACUGUGGCUAUUCACAGGAUAAUCAGUAUUCAUUGAAUAAAAGUUAUUCGUGUGAGAAAACAAAUCAGAGGCAGUUGAGAGUGUAGAGUUAGCACUGUAGAGUUUCUAAGAGCUCAGUCUGGCUGUGCUGCAUGGACAUACAUUUAAUUUCAAAUGUUUCGUAUAAUGUAUAAUGUUUUGUUAUAUGUUUAUCUACAGAAAAUAAAAUAUUUUUGUGUCAUUUUCCUGAAGCUUUCACAAAGGCAAGUUAACGCUGCACAGGAUGUUGGCUUUGGUGCAGCUGCUUCUGAGACUCAGCAAGACGAUCCCCUACAGGUAAUAGUUCUUUUUGUUGCAGUUCUCUACAGGUCUCUGUGAGAUCACGAAAAUAAUGUUUGAGUGUAACCAAACCUGUUUUUUAUUCUUUGUGCUUAAGUUACGCUUGAUCUUAUACAUAUCAAAUUGAACAUUUAUAUAUACAUUAUUAUGAUAGCCUUUAAAAGUGUGCUUUUUGCUCUGCUUUUCAGUGUUUUUAUGCCAGUAACUGAACAUAUCUAAACCAGAGGACAACAUUUACAGUAACUGACAGCUCUGAUUUCUUCACACAGAUCAUUGAUAGCAUAAUUGAGGAGAGCCAGAAGGGAAGUGCUGAGGAUGUUGGUGAGGUGGCUCAGCUCUUAGAUCAGCUAAAUGUUGAUGUAAGAGCUGAACCAGAGCCAAAGGAAGACAGUGCUGCUCAGGAAGUUCCUGUGGAGCAACCAGCAGCAGCAGCAGCUGCCGUACCUCAGCUUGUCGACAGGCCACAGGAAGAAGAAGAAAGCGCAGAAGCAAACGGAGCAUGCUUCAUACCUGCCCUGGAACCCACAGAUUUCUCGGGACCAACAGUUGGGUCACAAGAGGGUGUUCAGCCCCCAGACAUCACCAGCACAGUAGGACAGAGUCAGCCUGCUGGUGCUGGCACGACUGCAAGUGGAGGGCAGGAGCAGAGACCUGCCGAUAUCUUAGACCAGGUCCCAUUCACAGACAGGCAGGCUGACUCGGACUCUGGGCCCUGUAAACCUCCCCGGCAAUUUACAGUGGAACCUGACAUUGUAGCCAGCACCAAGAAGCCUCCCCCCUCUCGACCACCCCCUCCCAGCGGAGGCCCUCCACCGAGACCCCCUCCACCAUCAUGGCAGAGUCUACCAUCCAGGAAGUCUCAGGACUGUCUGAGGCCCAGCGGACUGGAAGGUAGAGAAAAGUGCACAUUUAACCACAUCCUCUGUGCUGGAGUGGGUUUUAGAUCUUUUUUAGUCAUCAGGGGCUCGACGGUGCGACUGUUUCACUCGCAUUUAUGACUAAAAAUAGAUGUGUGCAAAUUGCAAAAUGUAUUUAGGGGCACAUGUGGGCCUAAAAAAAAUCAGCCGAUGUAACAGAGUUUUUUCAUGUAAAUACCGCGGCGAAGUUAGUUUUGGGUUAGGUUGGAUAUCUGACGGACGUUCACUGCGGAUCUACCGGUGUCUUCUAUCUCUCUCUAUAACAGGGAAUAGCAACAGCUGCGCGGUUAUAUCUACUCGGCACCCUCGUUGUCAACGUUAGGAGUUGAAUAAGGGACCAUCAAUAAAUUACCGGUUGAUGUUCUCAAAAAAGGCUGGUUUUCUUCAAUAGCUUCCAUGUCAUGUGGCCAAUUGACCUAAAAUUGAUUUCAAAUAAUAGUACUUAUGUCGACCAAUAAGACACACAUUAUUGGAUCAAUUUUCAUUGUGCCCCUACAGUUCUUUGUGUGCUCCUUACUUUUUCAACUUAGGAGCACAUGUGCUCCUUGUGAAAAAAAGUUAGUGUCAAGCCCUGAGUGGACUUAGUGUUUUUAGGGUUUAACAUUGCAGUAUUGUAGAUUAUCAAGCCUCACAAGAAAGAUCUGCUGCAACCAAGUAAAGAUGAUUUUCUAGAUAAACGGUGGUGGUUCAAUCACUUAAACAUUGCAAGAGGGGAUGAAACAAAGAUGAUUUGUAAAACCUUUCCAAACUUUGAUCAUAGAAUCAACUGCUCUGAUGUAAAAUCAAAAUCCCGAAGAGCCUGUCUGAUCCUUUACUAAAAACUACUUCAUGUCAGAAUUAUGAACCACAGUAAGCUUUGAUAAAGACCUUUUUGAAGAUAUUUCGCUAAUUGAGCUCAUGUUGAUUUCUCUUUGUUUCUCAAAGAGGAAAUGUGCUCAAUGCAUGUAGGAAACACAAGUUUUCACUAGGACAUGUUUCACAUAAGUGGAGAGCAGCUUAUUGCGCCCAUCUUUCCUUAUUUCUAGUUCUACUUAACUGAGUAUGAGUAUCUUGACAACAUUUUUUCUUUUCUCUUUUUUGUUUGUCCAGUGACUCCCAUGUGCGCGGUCAGCAGUGAUGCUUUGGAGCCCUGUGGUCUGGUGUCUCCCAGCAGCACAGUGAGGAGUCUAACCAAAGAGCUGCAGCAUUCCUUGGAUCUUGCCAGUGCCACCAGUGGGGAUAAGGUGGUAACAGCACAGGUCAGUGAGGGUUCAGACCUGCCUCUAUGGUGUUCAUUAAAAGGUUUAUCUCUCUCUUUUUUUUUUUUAAAUUGACUUUUGCCUCAUUUUUUUUUUUAGGAAAAUGAGGAUGAACAGUCUUCAUCACAGAGUGGAGAACAAACACCAGGCCCUCAGCGUCCACGCUCCAACUCUGGUAGAGAACUGACAGAUGAAGUAAGAGUUUCUCCCUGCUCGUUUUUAUCGACCGUGUCCAAGUUGAAUUCAAGCCAACCUCUUGCACAUUCCCUCCACCAGCUGCUCUUUAAGCAGCAAACUUGUAUUUUUGUGUUAUCUAAAAACAGGAAAUUCUGGCCAGUGUGAUGAUCAAAAAUCUGGACACCGGGGAAGAGAUCCCUCUGAUUCAGGCAGAAGAGAAACUUCCUGCUGGGAUCAACCCCCUCACUUUGCACAUCAUGAGGAGGACCAAGGAGUACAUCUCGUAAGCAGAAAAAAGUCUUUUGAAGCUGAAGGAUUGGGAACCUUGAGACAUACAGAGAAACCAAAUCACACGCAGAUUUUACUUGUCUUUUUUUUCUACGGAUUUAUAUUACGCAAGAAAUUUACCAAGAAAUAGAAAUGAACUGAUGCUCAAAAUGAAAGAAAAUCAUUUGGCACAACAGUUGUCAGUGUUAACAGAGAGACAAAAGCUUCAUUUGUUCUUUUUUAAAAUCACUUAACUACCAGACAUUUGUGACGAAAAGCGAGGAAGAACAGACAGGUUCAGACCUCAAAUCCAAUGACAGUCUUUCCUUGUCUAUUAUUCCAGGAAAAGGUCUUUUCCUGGAAAAGUCUUUUCCCGGAAUAGACUUGUUUUCGUGCACAGCAUCAUCAGCCUCGGCGCUAUUUGAUUCUUCUGAGAAUUCACUCAUGAACAUUUGCAAUAUUUCCUCACUAUGUGAAGCACCUCUGAGACCUAGUAGCUCAAAAAGAAGAUGACUUUUUUUUUUUGAGGAAGUUAAUCUUUUUUGAAUGUUUCCAUUCAGGAACGAUGCAGCACAGUCAGAUGAUGAUGACAAGUCUCAGGCUCCUCUAGCAGACACAGAUGGAGGAAAACUGAAACAGAAAACGUGAGGAAAAAAAAGUUGACUUUAUCGUUUGCUGUUGCUGGAAAUGAUUUUCUUUGCGUACCCAUCACCAUAUUAGCACACAGUGAGUAACAUCACCUACUGCUCCUUGUUUCUAACCAGGACCCAGUUUAAAAAGUUCUUGGGCAAGUCUGUGAAAAAGGCCAAGCAUCUAGCUGAAGAAUAUGGAGAGAAAGCUGUCAACAAAGUGAAAAGUGUGCGAGAUGAAGGUAAAAAGAAAUCAAAGCGUGUGUUGUUGACCAGGAAAAUAAAUUGUUUCCACGAUAAGACAUUUAUAAACCACUCUAGAAAAAGCCCUUGGACAACAGAUCUGAUAUCUGUAAGUCAGAUCAAUAAAAGGAAGUGAAACAGAACUCAUUAAACCCACCGAUAAUUUCUGUGCAGUCAUCCUCCUGUCUCAUCAGUUUAUCUACAUGUAUUCAAAGUUUGAGUGUUUUUUUUUGUGCAGUUAGUGAAACGUUUUGAUUUUCUUCCAGCUGUCUCAUUGUUACAAGUUGGUUACCAGAUAACACCACAAGUUCUACAGACAAUAACUGCAACACUGAUUUUGUGUAUUGUUGUUUUUUUGGUCAGUGUUCCACACAGAUCAGGAUGAUCCAUCGUCGAGUGAUGAUGAAGGCAUGCCGUACACCCGACCCGCCAAAUUCAAGGCAGCACACAGCUUCAAGGGUCCCUUUGACUUUGAUCAGAUAAAGGUGGUGCAGGACUUGAGUGGAGAGCACAUGGUACAAGGAUCUUUAGUUUUUCAAUGAAUGUUAAAAAGAAAGAAAAAUACAUGGAAAAAUCUUUAAAUGACAUAAUCUUUGCUUUCCCCUCAGGGUGCAGUUUGGACCAUGAAGUUUUCUCACUGUGGGAGACUGCUGGCAACUGCAGGACAAGAUAACGUGGUGCGCAUCUGGGUCCUGAAGACCGCCUUUGAUUACUUUAAUAACAUGAGGUUAAAAUACAACACUGAAGGUGAGCAUCAUCAGUACGCCAGAUCCCUUGGUGUUCAGCUAGGAUUGAUCGUUUAAAUUUAGAUGCUCAAUUUGACUCCAGGAUGAUUAUUUUUGUUUUCGUUCCCCCAGGCCGAGUCUCGCCUUCUCCGUCUCAGGAAAGUUUAUGCUCCUCUAAAUCUGAUGACCCUGGGGUGAGUUAAAAAUAAUCACAUCAAGCUAUUUUGGGCCGUCUGGUGUUUCCAGAGAUAGCAAAAGGGCUGGAUAAUUACAGGCACCAUUAGUUUUUGAUUGUUUCGCAUUUUCCAGUCUCAUAUUUUCUAACCGAUUUCACUGUCAUCUCAGGCGAGUUGUGUUCCAGAGGAUCCAGAGACUGAAGAUAGAAAUGCUCCUUUCCGCCAAGUCCCCUUCUGCAAGUAUAAAGGUCAUACUGCUGAUCUGCUAGACCUGUCCUGGUCAAAGGUAAAGCCAAAAACAUACAGGAUCCGUAUUGAGCGUGUUUCAUAUUUACUCCAUAUAGCAGCCCUGGGUAUUGCAUGUAGGAUGCGCAUUUGGAGCGUGGCAGCAGCGUAGUGCAGCCCUUAGUCAGCUGGACUCAGUAUAGAGGAAACAACAUGUUCAUAACAGGCUGUUUUUCCUUUCUGUGGUCUAUUUCCUGCUGAUUUGGGUAUAAUUUAGUGACCAUUGAGGCUCUACUAUAUGUGAAAAAGCAACGUGAUUUCACAGUUUCAGUUUUUGCAGGUUUACUCGUGUUUCUUAAAGUAAACUAUGUUCCUUUCUGCUGUGCUGUUACCUUCAGACAGAGGUAGCAGUUAAAAGUCCAGGAUCUGGAAUAGACUAUCGGAUUGUUCUGUGUUACUGAUAAAUCCAUAACCAGGAAGUAUUUCUCAUCUGCAAAAAUUGAUGCACAGUUGGCAGUCCACAUAUGGUGUUUUAUUUUGAAAUACCCGAUGAAAUGCAAGCUUUUCGUGCUCGACUUCCUGUCUGGAACGAUCUUCUCUGUGUGGAUCGACGCGCAUUGGAAGCGUAGAGCAGCAAAAAUAGACUCUGCUCUCGAUUCCUGUAUGCUUUGCUGCAUUGAUUAGAAUGGUAACCUAUAUGCUGCGUGAUACGCGACGCUGCUGCCACACUCCAAAUACGCAUGCUGUACGUUUUAGCCUUAACAGUCUACCAACAUACUCCUGGAUUUUUUUGUAUUCUUGUUUACUUAAAGUAAGUAUCAUUUUUUGCCGUCAUAAAUCAAAGUUUGUACUCUUUUAGUUCAAGCAGUGUUUUAUUAAAAUGAGGAUACCUCUCUGUUAUUUUACAAUAUAAAAAAAUAUUUAAAAAAAAAAGAAUCUGCAUGUGUCAAAAAAAAUUGACACAUGCAGAUUUGUAUUUUCUGUUUUUCUCACACCUUUUCAAUGAUGUGUUUUUCCAGAACUUCUUCCUGCUCUCCUCCUCCAUGGAUAAAACAGUCAGACUGUGGCACAUAUCCAGGAGAGAGUGCUUGUGUUGCUUUCAGCACAUUGAUUUUGUCACAGCUAUUGCUUUCCAUCCCAGAGUAAGUUGUGUCAUCUUGCAUCACCUCUCUUGGCACAAAUCAUACAUUUAUUCAUUUUGGCUCCCAGCCUGUAUUUAUAGUAACAGUUGUUUCUCACCUCGCAGGAUGACAGAUACUUUUUAAGUGGCUCUCUGGACGGGAAGCUCCGGCUCUGGAACAUUCCUGACAAGAAGGUGGCUCUGUGGAACGAGGUGGACGGCCAAACACGUCUCAUCACUGCAGCUAAUUUCUGCCAAAAUGGGAAGUAUGCUGUUAUUGGAACCUAUGAUGGCCGGUGUAUCUUCUACGACACAGAGGUAUCAAGCCAAGCGUCUGGGUUUAACAUGUCCUAGUUUUUAGAUUGAUUUAUUCCAGGCUAAACUUGAAGUGUUUUUUUUUUUUUCGCUUUCUGCACACUUCCCCAGCGCCUGAAAUACCACACUCAAAUUCAUGUGAGGUCCACCAGAGGCAGGAACAAAGUUGGACGCAAGAUCACCGGUAUCGAGCCUCUUCCUGGCGAGAAUAAAGUAAUGUCUAAUCUCCACUUCAAAAAUAUCAAAGCUUGUUUGAUGUCCCUUCAAUGAUGAAUAAAUCAGACUUCAUAACAAACAAAGCUCUUAUCUUCCCUCACAACAGAUUUUGGUGACCUCAAAUGAUUCCCGCAUUCGCCUUUAUGACCUAAGGGACUUGUCGUUAUCCAUGAAAUAUAAAGGUUACGUCAACAGCAGCAGCCAGAUCAAAGCAAGCUUCAGGUGAGGCGGGUUUGCUCUGAGCGUGAUUCUGAAUUGAGCCGUGCGGAGAAGCAUCAGAAACAAACCAGUGAUAUUAAAGCCAGUCUUUAAAGGGAUAUUCCAGCGUAACAUUAAUUAAGGACAAACACACUGCAACACAGAGUUAGACACCCCCUCGAGAGAAUAAUUUUGCCGACCGGUUGCUUCUCUAGCUAGACCGCAGGAUAGCAAUACAGAAAGCCACAAGCUCAACCAAGCGCCACUCUAUAGCCACAAAUAAUGCUCAGAACAGCACCUAACUUCAUCAACAGUACAUAUAGGGUCCCAGCCAUAGCACUAGCCACCAAACAUCUUUUUAACUUUGCCUGAUUUCUUUAGCAAGGAGACUAAACACAACUUACCCGCUCUCUGCUUGUUUGUACAGAGACCUCAGAUUAGUCCAUUACCGACUGCAGUGGGGUGACGCAGCUCAAGGAAGAACAUCUACGAUCAUUUCUUUAUCAUAACCUUGAAGUAAUAAUCAUCAUGGUAGUUCUUCUGCCUUAGUGUCUCGGUUUGAUUGCAUUUCCAUGAACAAAUGAUCAUAAAUGUUCUUUCUUGAGCUGCGUCACCCCGCAGCAGUCUGUAAUGGACUGGUCUGAGGUCUCGCUACAAACAAGCAGCUGCUGGAAGAGAGUAGGUGAGUUGUUUUUGGUCUCCUUGCUAAAGAAAUCAGGCAAAGUUAAAAGGAUGUUUGGUGGCUAGUGCUAUGGCUGGGACCCUAUAUGUACUGUUGAUGAAGUUAGGUGAUGUUCUGAGUAUAAUUUGUGGCUAUGGAGUGGCGUUUUGGUUGAGUUGUGCGCGUUGGCUCCUCAGACCGCUGUGUAUUGCUAUCGUGCGGUCGUUACUUAAGUUGGUAUAACUAAAGAAGCAAGCGGUCGGCAACAUUCGUCUCUCGAGUAGGUGUCAAACUCGGUGUUACGCCGGAAUAUCCCUUUAAGUGUUCAAGUAUUUCUUUGCUUUAUUACAUUGUACCUUGAAUUUUAAAGCUGACCUCCAGGGAUUUUCUCCCCAGUCAUGACUACUCCUUCAUAGUCAGCGGCUCAGAGGAUAAAUACGUGUACAUCUGGAGCACUUACCACGACUUGAGCAAAUUCACAUCAGUACGGCGGGACCGCAAUGACUUCUGGGAAGGGAUUAAAGGUAACCAUGCUGUGUGUCAAAUGAUAAACAUGAUUUUGGAUGAGUUUGUUCCUGUACUCUUGCUGAUACUGAAGCCUUGGUUACCUUCCAGCACACAACGCAGUGGUCACCUCAGCCGUCUUUGCACCCCAGCCUGGCCUUAUUGUCCCUCAAGAAACUGGAGCAGAGAAACCAGAAGCAGAGUGUAAGAGCCUGGACUCCACUGACUCUGAAACCAUACCCUCAGGUGAGUUCGGCGUGAUUCAUUCAUGGGAAAUUUUGCUGACAUCGAAACUGUCAUUUCACUGUGUUAACCUAAUCCUUUACUUUGAAGGAGCCCUGAAGACAGAUCACACCGAGGUUCUGCUCUCGGCUGACUUCACUGGAGCCAUCAAGGUUUUCAUCAAUGUUAAAAAGUACUGA